UCCCAUCAUCAAGCUCAACCUCAUCCGCAUCAGCAUCAUUAUCAACACCAACAUGAGCAUCAGCAUCAGCAUCAGCAUCCGCAUCAUUUCCAGCCUCAGCAGCACCAGCAUCCGAUCAUGCCCGGCCGCGACCAGCAAUACGCACAGCCGAGUCCCUGUCUGGCGUUCGGGCCGGCCGAGCUGCCUCGAGUCGCGCCGCUCUCCUCCACGUCGCCCGGCCUCGGCUACUCCACCCGCCUCGUCGACUUCGCCCCAGCCGCGGCCGGCACGACGCCGCCCGACGCCGGCACCGCCGACGGCGUCGUCCACGGACUCGGUUCGUCGGCGCCCGCCACUCCGGCGCCCCAGCUCGAGCUGGCCCAGCUCUGUCUGGUCUGCGGCGACACGGCCGCCUGCCAGCACUACGGCGUGAGGACGUGCGAGGGCUGCAAGGGCUUCUUCAAGGUCCGUUUAGGCCGCUUGUCGCCUCCGUGCAUGUCACCUUUUAUGAGUAGGCUGUCGUGA